AUGACGAUCGUUGUCAAAACUCCGGCAGGAUCCGCCUUCACUAGUUUGGUGGCGUUUUUAGCAGAGAAACAAAUGGAGUUCGCAGUGACUAACGAUGGUCCAGUUGCGGAUUCAGAAGCCUCGAAUGCACCACAAGCGUCCGAAGAGGAGCCACAUAUGGUGAGGGGAAGUGUGAAACGUGAAGAGCCGGAAAUCGAUGCGCCACCUAAUAUGGAACGAGUUGCUCGGAACAAAAGAAAGAAUCUAGCAUACCGAAAUCAGCCACAAACAUCUGAAGAUCAAUCACGAUUGCCAACGAAAAGGAUAAAACGGGAAAAGCCGGAAGUUGAAAUCAUUAUUCCAAAUGAAGAGCUCGGAACUCCAAAAGUGGAAAACGCAUCCUCAAGUGAAGCAGCUGAAAGCAUGGAGAUGGAUUUUCCAGAUGUUGAGGAGGAGAUGGGGGAUUUAGAGGAGCAGCCGGUGUCUGAUAAGAAGUCAUCAAGUUCCACCAAGAUGAUUGAAUGCAGACUCUGUAACAAAAAAGUUAUCAAGUCAAAUAGUUUUUAUCACAAAGUUCAUGCAGCCGCUCAUUUAUGCUUAAAAACAUGGAAAUGUACUGUGUGUGAAACGAUGUUUGCACAAUCGGCUUCCGGUAAACCACAUUUCCUUAGUAUUCAUCCUGGGAUCCAGUUUGUUCCUCUGGUCAGAACUAUAACCGAAGAAGAUGAAGAACAACUGCGACAGUUGGUGGAGAAGUGUUUUCCCAGCGCUCGAAACUGA